UGGGGAUAUUAGUAUGGUUUAUUGUGAUGAUCAAAACCUUAAAAGCAAUACUUUGAGUUACAUUUUGUAAUGAGUGAAUGUUUGGAAGCUUUGGAAGAUUUGUUCAGUGCAAGACUACAUGUUCGGUAUUUCGCUUAAGUUAAUAUAGGAGUAGAGUUAUUGUAGAAUUGUUUUAAUAUAAGACUGUUUCAAGUCUUUCAAGAGGAGCAGUGGGGCAUCUGUGUCAUGACCUAACAUCCACAUCAGAAUUUAGCUUCACACCAGACUACAUAUGAAUUAAAUACAAUGUUUUUUCUCUAUGUUUUAGUUUAAAGAAUUGUUUAAAUAAGAUCACUUUAUCCACAGUUCUGUGCAUUUAAAGGUAACAUGUCCAGUACAUGUAUUUAGAUAGAAGUUAUAGCUGUGCCACUGUGUCCUAAUCCAAGCACAGACAGUAGGUGAUGAUGAUUUACCAAAAACCAAAAUCAAAAAUUGCAUUCAUGUUCAUAUCAAUUUGAGAUACAUAAAGAGCACAGAGUUUCUUAAUCUUGAGAAAGUUCUUUAUCGCAGCCAUAAAUGUUGUUUAAAGACUGAUGUUCUGUUUUGUUUUGUUUUUUGUUUUUUUCAAAUAUAAACGAGGCACUUAUUUUGCAAAGAAAAAAUAAUCAGAUGCUCCAGCAUGUUAUUCGUCUUUGAACCAGACUGGGACGGGUGUUUUAGGGUUAGGGUUAUAAUUUUUACAUAAAUGUCCAGGAGUGGUAACAGGUCAAAUAUGCCAUCCAAACUAAAUCAAGUGUUGGUGAAGCUGCUGUGAGACGCUGCAACCAUGGCUGCUACUGGAUCUUACCGUAUGGUGUCGGAGGAGGAGCAGGCCAUGAGGUCUAAGCUGGAGCAUCUGACAGUGAAAGAUCAUGGGCCGGUGUUCGGGCCCUGCCACAAGCUGCCCGGUCACACUGUGCAAAAGGCGAAGGACGAGCUGAAUGAGACGGAGGAGAGGCGGGCGUCGUCACUGAAGGACCUGCGGGCCAUGAUGAAGGAGAGAGCGGCGGAGGGGGACGACCUGGCCAAACUGGUGGUGGAGCGCUUCGGGGACAAACCAGACUCUCUUCUCCUGCGCUUCCUCAGAGCUCGCAAGUUUGACGUUGUCAGAUCCCACGAGCUCAUGAAGGGGUAUGUGCGCUUCAGGAAGGAGUAUCCCGAGCUGUUUGAGAACCUGACCCCUGAGGCGGUCCGCAGCACCAUCGAGGUCGGUUACCCCGUGGUUCUGCCCAGCAGGGACAAGUACGGCCGAGUCGUCCUGCUCUUCAAUAUUGAGAACUGGGACCUGGAGGAGAUCACAUUCGAUGAGGUCUUAAGAGCAUAUUGUGUGAUCCUGGAGAAGCUGCUGGAGAAUGAAGAAACCCAGAUUAAUGGCUUUGUCCUGAUUGAGAACUUUAAGGGCUUCACCAUGCAGCACGCAUCAGGGAUUAAACCGGCCGAGCUCAAGAAGAUGGUGGACAUGCUGCAGGACUCGUUCCCAGCCCGCUUCAAGGCCGUCCAUGUCACUCACCAGCCCUGGUACUUCACCACUACGUAUAACGUGGUCAAACCCUUCAUGAAGAGCAAGCUGCUGGAGAGGGUCUUUGUUCACGGUGAGGAGCUCGACAACUACAUCAAAGAAUUCAACGCAGACAUCCUGCCUGCAGACUUCGAUGGUAAAGCCCCGGUCUCCGACUGCCAGGCCAUUGCCAACAAGAUAUUUGGCUCUGAAGACACCGCUCUCUGAGAGAACAGUCCUCUCAUAUCAACCCCAAGAGUUAUAGUGUCCUUCAUCCUAGAUGCUUCUUUUGUGAUCAGAUAUGUGGUCUAAUUUGAAGCUACUGACAUUUUUAUUAUUAUUCAGGCAGUUCCUAUGAGUGAAGAAAAGUAUCUAGAGUUAGGAGAAGGGGGCAAAUAUACGAUGGUAUAUGUGAGAAAGAAAAAGGACGUUUAGAUGUUACAGAGAGAAUAAUUGAUGGUUAAUGUUACAACACUGACAUUCCUUGUUACUUUACAAGCGGAGGGAAAAUGAGGGAGUGUUUCGCCUUAUAAUGAAUUUCACAUCAUACACAUCAGCCUUGUGCCUACAGUCUACAGAGUACAGAAGUGAAUCAAAGUCUCGGGGGAGAAUUUUAGAAAGAUACGAAGAGGGAAAAUUAAUGUUUUAGGAGCAGGAGCCUCCUGAUCCCGAUUCAGUGCCACAGAAACACUUCUUUGUCUCAGCAGCCUUGUUUGAGUUGUGACACUCAGAUGCCUGACAGACCACAAAGAUCCAUUCUGCAAUUUGCACUGGAUUGAGACAUUUAAAAUAAAAUAGAUUUUUUUGUGCG